UCAUCUCCGAAUCGUUUUCCUGUAGCCUACUUUAAUUUUUAAUUUUAUUUUUUUUGUAUGUGUGUGUGUGUGAGAGUUUUUCUUCUGCUACAUAUUCCUGCGGAGUCUGUGCGGGGGGACACUUCCCUCCUCGUGGACCCUCCGACCUGCUGCUCCAGCUCAGCUGACGGUGAAGACCCUGUGAGGCCCUGGUUGGAUGCUUCUGGAUCAAACUGCAGUCAUGUGGGACGAGCUCCAACAAAACCAGAGGAGAACAAGAUGCAGAAACUCCUCUUCCUAACCCUCAUCUGUUCUCUCUGUGGAACAUGUGGCGUGGUGAAAAGCUCCGUGACCAUGUAUGAGGUGACGGAAAACAAGAACCUGACCAUCAGAUGGAACACUCCCAUGAAAUCUGAUGUGACGCUCAUGAACAUGAUGUGUGAGUUCCACUCAGACCACGUCAAGGUUCUGUAUGAAACGAUACAGGGAGUUCCAGUGGCUGCAGACGAGCAGUUUGCAGGACGGGUUCAGUUUGACAGAAAGGCUCCCAAAGAGGCAGAAAUUCGUCUCCAUCUGUCCCGAGUCACGGCUCAGGACGCCGGCAGUUACGUUUGUUUUUUAGUGGGUAAUUAUGACCAGAACGCCAUGAGGUGGAGGCUGGAAAUGACCGAACAUUUUCUCCUGAACGUAACAUCUGGAGCUGAGCUAAGACCGGACUGUCCAACCACUGCAG